UGCCUUUCCUUUAUGGAAAGAAGAAAAAAAAAGAAUUCUUUGGUCAUUCAUUUAUCAUUUUAACAAAACGUCAAACGAACUGGUGAUGUGAUGUGAUCAUUGUUACAAGUGGAUUUUAUUUAAAUAAAUAAAUAUUGUGUGUAUUGCGUUAUUACCCAUGUGUCUUACGUACCAGAAAUAAGGGAACAGUUGGCCCUACAUUAAUAUGGACCCCAACUCCGAAACUACAAACCAGGAGAGUGGAUCCAAGAAGAAUGUGUUUGAUGAAUUGAGCAGAGAAGACUUAAUUGUAAAAUGUAAAGGAUUACUUGUUAUUGCUCAAAAGGCUAAACAAGCCAAAAAUGAAUUGCAGAAUGAACUUGAAAGUUAUAAAUUACAGCUUGACAAAUGUGAAACAGAGAAAAAGGUGAGUCUGGAUAAUGUUAGAACUUUACAGGAGUUAGUUGAUUCAUUGACAGAGCAAAAAUUAAAUUAUAUCACAGAAAUAGACUAUGCACAGAAUAAAAUAAGGAGUUUCAAUUCCAAAUGUAUCGGUUAUGAAGAAGAAAUAAAGAAAUGUGAAGCUGAUUUAAUUGUCAAAGAUAAACAUAUCAGUGAUAUAAUGCAGAAGUUAUCGAAUUUGGAUAGCGAAGUCACUUCUCUGAAGAGACAGAAUAAUCGGCUGUCUGAUGAGAAUGAACAACUGAUCAACCAGCUGACUGAGCUUGAGGCAAAGAUCACUGAAUUUAAUGAAAUUGGCUUGCAGCAGAGAGAACAGUUACAUACACUGGAAGAGAAAGUGCAACAAGAUACUGACUACAAAACAAGGAUUGAAGAACUAAAUAACAAAAUCAAAGAACUACAAUCCCAACUGGGAUCAUCUAAUACUCAAGCUGACAACAAACAGCACCUGGAAUUUGAAAAUAAAAUUAAGGAACUCACUGAAACAUACGAGUUACAAAAAUCCAAAAAUGAAAAAGCUAACAUUAAAUUAAGAAGUUACAAAGACAAAAUUCUAAAAUGUGCAGCUUGUAUUAAUCAACUUAAGAAUUCCAGAUUUAUAUUAACAAAAACUGUAAAAGAAUAUUCAGCUAACAUUCCUAAAUGGCAAGAUGAUAUUCUUAAAGCUUCUAAAGUUCUUGAAGAACAGAUUAAUAACUUGACCAGCGAAAAUGACCUUCUAAAGAAUAAAUUACAAAUUGUUGUAACAUCAGAAGAUAGUGUAUGUCCUAACAAAGUAGAUGCUUUGAAUACUGAGAAUAGUUCUCUGAGAAAUGUGGUAGCAAAUUAUCAGAAACAACUAGAAGUUUAUGCAGCACAAAAUAUGGCCCUCACUGAUGAACACACAGACAUUAAAUCUAAAUACCAAGAGUUGAAUGAAACAAAAUUACCUUCUCAAAUGGCUGAAAAUGAAUUAUUAAGGAACCAGGUUCAAGAAAUAACACUUAAACUAAAUGAUCUGACUGGCAAGAACAAUGAAUUGAAAGAACUGGUAAAAGAUCUUAAGAUUAAGAACCAAAAUCUGACUGAUUCCUUGCAAAAUCAAUCACAAUAUUUGAAAGCAAUUGAACACUUGAACUUGCAAAUUAAAGCUUUAGAAAGCGAAAAAGCAAUAUUGGUUAAAGAGAAACUUAAUGCAAGAGAUCAUAUGGUAGAAAUGGAUCAUGAAAACAAAACAAUGACAGAGCAACUCAAGAAACUACAAUCAGAAGUUCUGUCUUUGAAAACAGCAUUAGAAACUUUGUCUCAGGAAAAGUCAACCAUGGAAGUACAAUCCAAGACUGAAAAAGAAGGUGAAAUUAAGAAUUUGAUGUUUAAGAUAAUGACUUUACAGGAACAGUACAAUUCGCUUAAAAAAGAACAUGAAAAUUUGCAAGAUUUGAAUAACCUACUUAAGGAAGAAGUAGAUACUUUAAAGCUUUCUUUAGAGCAGCCUAAAGAUGACGCAGAUAAUUUAUCAGAUUUAAAUGUCUCGUUGCAAGCUGAUAUUGUAAAGUUAGAAACAAAGUUGUCAGCUUAUAAACAAGAGAAUGCCUCUCUCUUAACCGAAAUGAAGGAAUGUCGGGCAAAAGCUAAAGAAUUUGAUACCCUGUUAACAGACUAUGAAGACACGAAGUCCAAAUUGGUGGGUUAUAAGACUGAAAAUACAGAACUUUUAAAUGAAAUGAAGGAAAUCAACCAAGUACUUAAGGAGCGAGGUGAAGCAAUAUCCAAAUUGCAAAAAGCAGUUGCUGAAAUGGAAACGCUAAUAGAAACUUUGGAGAAAGACCGGCACAGUAUGAAUCAGGAAAAAGAUGUAUUAAACAAAAAGAUUAGCAAUUUGGAGAAUGAUUUGAAGAAUGCUAGGCAAAGGGUAAAUAAAAAUAGUGAAGAAUUUGAACAUAUUGUAAUGGAAAGAGACAAUGCGGUUAAGGCAUUAAGUGAGAAAGAGACCGUGAUUGCAUUACUUAAAGACGAGAUCGAAAAAAUAAAACAACAGCAAACUUCUACUGAUCUACCUAAUGAAGAUAUGUCUACGUCUACCAUUUCUAAAGCUGAAGAUCAUUCUCGAAUGAAGGAUUUAGAUGAGACAUUUGAGGAAAAAUACACAAAACUAAGGAUGUUUGCAUUAAAACUUAAAAAGAAAUUGAAUGAAACAGUAAUACAGCUACAAAAUGCAGAACAGGAUAAAGCGAAAUUACAGAAAAUGCUUAACGAAAUUGGAUCAGGUGACAGUAAACCUGUGGCUGUGGCUGUUGAUCAGGUUGAUAACAAAGUCGCAGAAGAACAGGACAAAAUUGCUAGUCUUGAGAUGAAAAUAAAGGUCUUAACUGAAACUGUCAAAGCUUCGGAAAAUAUUGCUGUUGAGUUGGAAAAAAUCAAAGGUGAAUUAGAGAAGAAAAAUCAGGAAUUGGCGACCGAAAUGGAAGCCCAUAAAGUGACUAGAGAUCAGAUGGAGAAAGCACGACGUGAUGUUAAGAAAAAGAGUGUCCUUAGCCUCGAAAUGGAAGAUUACGAGAGGUCCAUGAAGGAGCUCACCAGUAAAAUGGAUGAGAAUAAAAAGAAAAUGGUGCAGAUGGAAUCAACAAUUGAUACACAAGAAGGAACAAUAACGGCAAUGAAGACCCAAAUAAAGCUAUUGGAGGAACAGAUAAAAACAGAGGAGACACAAACCAGAUUAAUUAAAGAAGAGCUACAACAUGCCUUAGAGGAAGGGAGGGAAAAGGACAACAUUAUUCAAGUAAAAAAUGGCAUUAUAUCGAAACUAGAGCAAGAUCUUGAAGAUGAAAAGAGAAAGAAUGAGGAAACUGAUUUAGAAAUGACAUCUGUACUAAGUGAGAAAGAGAAGGUCAUAAUGUGUCUGGGCGAAGAAAAGGCUGAACUUAAUAACAAAGUGAAAAGACUGGAAUUCAAAUGUGCAGAACUUAAUGAAUCCCUGAGGAUUAUAAAUAUUGAAUUAGCCGAUUUGAAGACUGAAUAUACUAGCUACAAGGUAAGGGCUCAAGCUGUGCUACGACAGAACCAAACCGUGGAUCACAGCCAAGAAGAGCAGCUGAAGGAAGAAGCGGCAGCUCUUAAAGCACAGAUUGAAACUCUUACUGCCAAACUUGUUACUGUUCAGGAACAGUUAUCAGAGCAAACAGCAGAAGCUGAAGCAAGCAGACGAAGGCUGGCCGAAACAAUGACCGAAGCGGGGCGGGCUCAGCAACGUACUGCAAGACUUCAGGCUGACCUAACUAGACUUGGGCAACAACUUGAGUCAGAGCGCACCCAGCAUAAAUUACAAGUGUCUACAUUAACACAAUGUUACAAAACUCAAAUCCAUGACCUAGAAAUGAAACUCCAGAAGGAAACAGAAGCUUUAAAGAAGCAGCUGAUCAUUGCGCAAGAUAACGUGAAAUCUGUGAAAAUUGGCGCAGGGGAUGAAGUCAAUCAUAAUCAAUACAUGCUUCCGAUUAUACCAAAAGAAGAGGGAAGUGAUGGAGAAAUGGAUAUCAAUGUUUCUAUGAUACCUCGGGAGGAAGGAGAAGGCUCCGAAUCAGCGCCAUCGCCACCUCUAUCUAAAUCAUACUUAUCGAGCGGAGGCGGGAAUAGGUCACCGGUUCCCCUAGAAAGACUUUUAGAAGAAGGAGUUCCGGAUGACGAAUCUCUUGAUACUACAUCGUUAGGACUCACUCCAGAGCAGGAAAUAUCCGAUUUAAAGAGGAAGCUGCAAGCUCAGCAGCAAAGGGUGAAACAUGUAACAGUAUUACUGUCUGAGUCGGAACGCGAGUGCGCUCGCAUGGCGCAAUUGAGCGAACUUCUCAAAGCAGAGCUGCGACGCGUGCGCGGCACUACACAGAACGCGCAUAAUACAGAGUAUAUGAAAAAUGUUACGCUAAAGUUCCUGACACUGGCGCCAGGCGACGAGCGCAGUCGGCUGGUCCCAGUGCUGCAGAAAAUCCUCACCCUCACUCCCGAUGAAACGCAGAAGAUUCAGGCCAUAGCUAAAGGAUUAGAUCCAAACCCAAGUAAAGGUUGGGGAAGUUACUUAGCUUGGCCCGGAGGAAAAUAACGCAUUAAAGUGACUUCAUUGUAAUAAUAUAUAUUUGAAAUAUCUGUGAUUAGAAAUUAAUGUAUGUAAUAAUAAGUUUUGAUCAGCAUUUCGUACUGUUUAAAAAAAAGUAAAUUUUGAUAUUUCUUCUGUGUAAUGUUUUACUGAUUUUUAUUUAUCAAUCUAAUAUACCCUUAUAUAGGGUGUGAUCGUUAAAUGUGCCCAGGCGAUUAUUCCGUAAAUAUAAGAGUUAUCAAAAACCUGCAAAACGACAUCAAUACGACAGGACACACUUAACGAUUACUUCCUCUAUAAUCUUCCACAAUUGCAUAUUACGACACAUUCCGUCAUUUCUAUAUCAAGCAUAUAAUUAAUAAAAUUUAUCAUAAUAUUGAAAUUAUUCUUAAACUUUUAUUAUAUUCUAAACUAUUAUUCAAAAUUAGUUCUUUCAAUCAGAUUUUUUUACGUUUUGGCUUUGUUGGUAGGUAGUUUUGGAAAUAAUUAUGUUUUUACAUUGUCCAAUAGGAUUUGUCAAGGUUUUCGACUUU